GUGAAGCACAGUUAUUUUGCGCCGCCCCGUUUGGACUUUUCUUCGACCUCUUCGAGGACUCGACAGACUUCAGUUUCCAUGUGUGUUUGUUUUAUUUAUUCACGGACUGUCCUUCAUGGAGAAUAUAGAUAGAGUUUUUAAUGGCCGGCUGAGGAUUUUAAAGAAGGUUUUAUGUGACAGUGACGUGGAAGGAAGUGAGGAAGGAAGGAAGGAGGUGAGGAAGGAAGGAAGGAGGUGAGGAAGGAGGCGGAGUUUCAGAGUGAAGAAGUUUCUCUAGGAGGUUUUUUGAAUACUUUUCUUUAAACCAUGGCGUGUGAAGGAAACAACAUGUCAGAUGCUCGGAUUGGAGAGGCCCUCAUCAAAGAGGUCAUUGAGGAGGAGCUGAAGGACCUGCCCUCAGAGGACGUCCCGCCCCUCACUCCACUGGCUGUGGAGGUAAAGACUGAGCAGGAGCAGAAGAUGGUGACCCAGCUGGGCAAAAUGAUCCGCAUCAUCGGCGACAGUGUCCGAGACAACAAGGAGUUCCAAGAUGCGAUAGACGGGGUGGCUUGUUCCUCCGGCUCUACGUGGGACAAGUUUCAGAAAGUGGCAGAAGGAGUGAUUGCACCUGGGAUCACCUGGGAGAGGAUCGCUGUGCUCUUCUACGUUGGUGGCAGGCUGGCUGUCAGGAUGGUGGAGGCUCACCUCCCUCAGUCGGUGAGGGAGAUCAUGAAGUGGACCGUGGAUUUUUUCAGAAACAAUCUACUGGGCUGGAUUCGGGAACAUGGAGGAUGGAUCAACAGUUUCUCGGAAUUAGCGGUCCGUGCGUCCGUGCAGAGUGUAUCCUCAUUGACCUCUCACAGCUUCGGCUUAGUCGUCAUCUUCAUCGCCGGCCUGGCUGUAGGAAGCAUCUUCACCUGGAGACUAACCAGACAGCUCUGAGACACACACACACACACACACACACACACACACACACACACACUCACACCAGACCUGGGUCACCAUUGUGUUAAGUAAUUAUUGGCUUUUACCAAAUAAUGGGUGGUAUUUGACCGAACUAUACCAGAGGUUUAUCUGGUAUUAUUAUCAGGUUUGUCAUUCAGAGCUGUCAUGUGAUGACAAAGUGCCCAGAUGCUGUCAUGUCCUGAUCACACGUUGCCAUGAGAUGGUCAAAAUGGUGAAAUGUGCCUGACCUCGCACACUCUCUCUGUUUCUACCUUUUUUUUUUUCUAAUGUUAUCUAUGCAAACUUGAAAACUUGAAAGAGACAUUGUGUCAAA